CCAUUUCGUAAAUUGUAUGGGCAAAAUGUCGCUGAUCUUGGUUGUCAAGCUAUUUUCUCAUCGCAAUGUGCCGUUCUGGCGCAUAGUAUGUAUGAAAAAUUUCAGUUUGGCGUGUGCGUUGUAUUUUAUUUUAGACAAGACUUGACGGCUAUUUAAAAAACUCCAUGGCUUUCUAUUGGAUAACGCUACAUCGUUGGUUCGGAUUUUCGUAAACAUCGUAUACGAAACAAGACUUAUUAACAGUCUAAUGGGAGUAAAAUAGAUGUUUAUAAGAACUUAUUAACAGAGGCUUACUUUAAAAAAGAAGUAUUUAGUUUUGUUUUUGAUCCAAGCCGUAAUACUUCAGAACCAUGGAAGAGAAGGUGGAUAGUGAUCAAAGUUUCAGUGAAGAGAGUAGCAGUAGUUCAUCAGAUAGUUCUAGCGAAAGUUCUGAGAGUGAUGAGGAGAUUAUGGAGCAAGUUCGCAUACUGGGUCAUACAUUGGAACUUCCUCAAGACCUUUGUGAAGAUCCUGCCUUGUUUAAAGAGUUCUUCUCAAUGAAAACCUGGGACAGUUUGGCUGACAAACACAAAGAUCAGCUCAAAGAGUUAUUGCCAAAAUUUGAAGAAAAUGAUGAAGAGGAGAAGCAAACAACCCUGAAAAUGCUUUUAAGUCAUGAACCCUUUCAUUUUACAUCUCCUUUAACUUGUUUCUUUAAGAAUUUAAGGCAAGGUAAUUAUAGGCCUGAUAUUGCAAGGAUGAGAAAGUUUCUGACAAAAGCUAGAGCAAAACAACAAAGGCAUAAGAUAAAGUCAUAUUAUGCGAAGUUGUUGCCUGAAGUACUCAUAUCGAGAGAACGAUUAUUAGCAGUAGCUAAGUCUUCUCCACCAGGCCUAAUUCCACCUAUACCAUUACUUCCACCUAAGCCAUCUUCAAAAAACAACUAUAAACCAAUGUAUGUAAGGGCAAGACAUAGGUACUUUGAGGAGUUAACAGCUAUAUGGAGCGAAGUUGGCUGUCAAGGGUCAGACGAUGAAAACUAUCCAGAAGGCCCACCUGAACAUUUCUCAAAGAGAAGGAAAAGAAAUAAUGCAGUUCAAACACAGAGUGCAGAUUCCAAUGUAUCUGGGACAUUGGGUACUGGAGAACUGGUCCUUCCAUCUUUAGCUUGUUUAAAAAAUGUUUUGUCCACACACCGAGCAAGACGACAACAUAGGGAGACUCAUCCAGAACUCAAUACCACAGGUAUAACAUUAGAUGAUAUCAAACAAAGAGUGUCUUUAAUGAAUGGAGCAAAGAAACUAAUGUUUGGUGGUCCUAAAGCAGAAAUACCAAUACAAAAAGUUAGAAAAGGCAUAAAAAGGGAGCAGCAUAGGGGUAAAGAUUUUAAACAACCCCAGAAAAAAACAAAAGAUGAUGAAAAUAGUGAAAAUAAACUUCUACCACAUAUAAAGAUAAAGUGUGAGCAAGAGGAGUCAGAUUCAGAAAGUUCUUUCUUUGAACAAACAAGCCCAAGGCAAAAGAAAGUUAUGGACCAUGUUGAUAUAAAGCAAGAAGUUGAUAGUGAAAAUCAAAACUCAAGAUUUGAUCUUCAUGAGAAAACAAUUAAAAAAGAACCUCAAGAUUCACAAAGCAAUUCAAAGACAAAUCAACCUGUACCUAUUAAGUUGGAAGAUUUGGAUGGCAUAGUUAAUUCUUCUAUAGACAUGAUGGCGCUCCCAGUAGAGCUGGCCGACGAGACCAUGGAUUCUCCAAAGAGUCCAGAUGAGGCCCUUACAGAGACCACCCAUGCGAACUUUCUGUCCUUGGUCCGGGCAUUAUUCCCCGCUAAGUCAGCUCAUCGGGCCUCUAAAAGGGAGUUGCAGGCACGGUGUUCGGCAGUUAUGAGGUCUCCCAUUGCUCCGCUUAAUACUUGGUAUAAUUUAUCAAAUGACUGGUGUGCAGAGUUGAAUUCAGCUCUGGAUUUCUUAGCCGGAGAGCGUGGACCACAUCCAGAUGAUUUUGUGCCGUAUCUCCAGUUCAUACCAGAUACUCAAAUGUAUCAAUGGAUAGGGGCGGGUCGCGAUUGUGAUGCAAUUCUCAAUCGAUUGUGCGAGAGAUGGAUGCGAGCCGCGACGCCUACUCCUCAGCAACCAGAUGCGCCGCCCCCACCCAGGUACCCAACAAACUGGAUUGUGCGACAACCUACGAAUACGGAAAUAGCCGAGUUUAGAUCUCAAGAACGACGAAGAUUUGCGUCUGCAUCUAAACCGUUUACAUAUCUACAAUAUGGAUAUAGGUCAGUAGUCGGACCGGCGAGUGGCGUACGUGCUAGCGCGGGUGGGGCGUGUACGUCCCUGGUGACGCCUCAGCGACCUCGCGCUGCGGGAUUUUUAGCUCUUUUGAGGGACGCAUUAGCCAGGCUGCCCAAUGGAGAGGGUACACGGCGGGAUUUACUCAUGUUGCUUAAAAUGUCCCAAUGGAUCAUUCCAUGUACUGAUCAAGCGCUAUCGUCAGCUAUUUCGAUGGCAUUGGACCGACUCGUCGCAAUAAAAAGGGAUCCCAUAGUGAAAUACGACCAGAGGACCGCAAUUUGGACGUACUUGCAUAGAAAUAGAACUGAAGAGGAUUGGUUGAAAUGCAGUAAUGCUCGGAGUCGGGCGAUCAAGUCAAUUUCCACAGAUCCCUCGCCAUCGCCAAAGACGCCAGUCAAUGUUAACCAUAUGGAAGUCGAAGUAGGAAGCGGCGAUGAUAUACAAUUAGAUGGUUCAGAUACUGAUGUGGAUGUAGACGACAGUGGCUCGUCAGCCAAUCUCUGCCAAUUAUCCUCUGCACAACUACUCAUGCAGGCCACUCAGGCGCAGACGAAACCCAAAACCCCUUCUCCUAAAGUUAAACCAAGUCAUAAACCAAAAAUAAUAAAACAAAUAUCACCAAAAGCGCUUAAAAUAAAUCAGAUUAAACAAAAGAGUCUUUUAGCGCAAAAGUUGAAAAAUUCAAAACUUAUCAAGCCAAUUCCUAAAUCGCCGAAGCCGCCGAUUCAAUCACCUAAAAGUUUAACUUCCCCUAGAACUACAGCGUCCCCUAAACCGGGCGUGCCGUCCCCUAAACCGAGUGUCUCGUCCCCGAAACCGAGUGUUGCGUCCCCCAAACCUAGCGUCGCCUCCCCUAAACCGAGCGUGGCCUCCCCUAAACCGAGUGUUGCAUCUCCUAAACCUAGUGUUUCCUCGCCUAAGCCAAUACAAAAGCCGCAAAGUAAAAGCAUGUUAUCAAAUGAGUUGAAUGCAGCACGGACGCCUAUUGUCAAACAAAAGUCUAUAUCCAAAAUAGAUACUUCACAGAUUAUGACACUCCCUACAUCGACUCUGCCGUCUUCCAUAUCCGUACCGACAUUAAUACAGACAAAUGUAAUGACGUCUAUGCAACAGAAUACUAUUAUACAGAAUCCAAAGGCCCAAGUGACACGUUCGUUGCUUAUUAGGCCACCGGUGGUGCACACCACGGCAACGGUGACUGCGGUCACUGUAUGUACACCUUCCACUCAGGUGGUUUCGAGUGCGCGUCGUGGCGUAGUCCGAGUACUGAGUCCGGCCACAGCUGCGGGGAAGUCCCUCAUAUCACCACGAGCUCUUAUGCCACAACCAGCGACUACAACAGCAAAAAAGCGACCAUCGCUGCCAUCGACGGCUGUCGCCACGACCCUACAGAGUACAACAGUCACCAAUGUUGUUAGUAGCGUGACUACUCCUGUGACGUCAUCAAUCACGACUCGUACUGUCCAAUUACCAGGAGGUCGGACUGUCCAAUUGUCAAACCAAACUGUGCAGUUGGCAGGCGGACAAUCUGUCCAAUUAUCUGGCCACACCCUUCAACUUUCAUCCCUUCAAUUACCAACACAUAGCGUCCGUUUACCAAGCGGUCAAACUGUCCAGUUAGCUUCCCCACAAACAGUUCAAGCUAUACGAGCGGUGAACCAAAAGAAUCAAAAUCCCCGCGCCCAAACACCCACCGUCCGGCCGACAGUCCAAAUACCGGUAUCUUCUGUACAAUUAGCGGGACAAACGGUGCAAAUAGGCGGGCAGACUGUCCAAUUAGGCCAAAGCGUACAGUUAACCGGACAUACGGUUAAACUCCCGAGCGGACAGAGCGUACAAGUUGCUAGUCAAAAUGUGCUUCCAACCCAAAGCGUCCAAUUGCCGAGCGGACAAACGGUACAGUUGGGCGGAAAUGUCCAGUCAAUGUUGAGCGGACAAAACGUUCAAUUGUCCAAUCAAAUAUCGACACAACUUGGCACACAAACAGUACAAUUAGGCAAUCAAAUACAGUUGAGCGGCCAAACAGUUCAGUUGCCGAGUGGUCAAACGUUACAAUUGAGUGGCCAAACAGUCCAACUUUCCAGUGGCCAAACAUUACAGUUGGCCAGUGGACAAACGCUACAGUUGAAUCAAACGCCCAAAUCCAUAGCUCAAGUGAGGAAUCAAGCUGCGGGAGACAAACAGCCGCAUCCAAUAGUUGCUAAACUAUUAACCAAUGCACAGGGCCAAAUGAUAUCCUUAGAGGGAGUCAUGAAUCGGAACAUGAGCGGGGUGGUGGGAGUGGGGAGUGGGCGUGGUCGGGGCGUGAGAGUAUUAUCUCCUACCACACGUCUCACAAGACCAGUUUUGUUGACCUCCGGGAAGCCAUUGCAUAAUAUUAUUUUACAGAGUGACGGCAACGCAAUACGGGUUCCUGUCAGUAGCGGUGCGGCAACGUCGCAAACAAUUGUUAUUAGUAGUAUAGGUGCUCAAUCUGCGAAUACAACAACAACUACGGCUCCGGUUCUGAAAUUGCAGCAGGUGAAUCCAAUACAACAAGUAAAACUAGCGCAAGGAAUAAAAAUUCAACAGGGUUCGGUAGCAAACACAUCAGUGGCGACAUCUAGCGGGAUUCGAAGCGUAGUAAUGGAUGGACAGCAUUUGAAACUCGUUGGCGGGAGACAUGUUUUGGCGAGACUUUUGAGACCCGCGAACCCGCAGCAGUGAUAGUGCUUUAGUUUUUGAGGUUUUUGGAAAAAAAUAGAUUGGGAAAGAAAAACAAAAGCUAUCGUUCUUAAAAACAAAAGACAAUCGUGGUCUAAAUAAAUAUGGAAAAAACCAUUUCACCAUUGAAUUAUGCCUGGUUUCCUUAUGACGUCAUUAAGGAAAAUAAAUUCUAUUAAUCUGGAUUUGUAUUUUGGUUGUUGAAGUAGUGUUUUACAUAAGGAUUGUAAUAACAAUUUCUGAUGUUCAAUUGUGCAUAACAGUUAAUAUAGAGUCGUUUCUCCAUGUGUCUAGUGGUUUAGUUGUUGGAGCAGUGAUUUAAUAUAACUGAACUGAUGAACUUUAAAGAAAAACUUUUUUAUAUUCGCGUAAUAUCGUUGUAUUAAAUUAGACUGAAUCUUAUUAUAACUGACCCUAAUUUAAAGUCCAAUAGUAAUAAACGGAUGACAUAUGAAACGCCUCAUUUGUCUCUUUCAUUUAUAUUCAAAAAGCCUUAAGAGUAACCAGGACAGAACAUACAAUAGGUGUUCUUAUUCAUAUGCACAAACCGAAAUUGAAAUGUUUUGUCUCUUUUUUAUAUUCAAUAAGCCACAAGAGUGACAAAGACAAAACAAUAGCUAUAUGAACCUCCUAAUUGUAUAUACUUGUAAAUAUCGUAUUAAUCAACUUAGAUUAGAUAAUCUUAUUCCAAAACUACUUAAUCUAAAAUUUUAUAUCUAGUAGUAAAUGUCAAAAUUUGUAAAC